AAGCUUCACAUUUUUGAAGUAUAACGUUUCUUAACAUGAACGUUCUUUAGACAUCACAUUUCUAGCAUAUACAUUUUAGGAUUAAGUAACGUUUAUGAAAACUAAUUUUCGGCAAGUGUCACAUUUCUUACAUGUGCUUAUCUCGACAUCAGACGUUUGGGAUAUUGCACCUUGCUAAAAACAUUACGUUUUGUAUAGUCUCUGUUAGGACUAAGUUGUGGCACCCCUAGAUUAAUGUUUUCGGAGGGUUAUAUUUGUAAACAUAAACCUAACCUUACAAAAAUCAAAACAAUAACAGUUAGUUAAUUAAAAAAGUAUUGAUUAAAAAUUAAUAACAAUGAGUAUCAACAAUAAUAACAAAGUCGAUGAAUUAAUUGGCUAUUUUAAAAGCCAUUGUAAAAUCAAGGAACACCAAAGUCACUCGGCGAAAGUCCACAGUGUUGGUUGGAGCUGCGAUGGAAAAUACCUAGCCUCAGGUUCAUUUGAUAAGUGUAUAUGUAUUUUUACACUUUCCCCUGACAGAUUGAAACAGGAAACAACUUUCCGAGGCCAUGGGGGCAGUGUUGAUCAAUUGUGUUGGCACGCUACCAAUCCGGAGCUUUUAUCUACAGCUUCUGGAGAUAAAACGGUUCGAAUUUGGGACACUCGAGUCCAAAAAUGUACUGCAACGAUCAAUACACGCGGCGAGAAUAUAAAUAUAUCUUGGUCACCCGAUGGUAACACUAUUGCCGUCGGCAAUAAGGAAGAUCUGGUUACUUUUAUUGAUACCAGGUGCAUAAAAAUUAGAGCCGAAGAGCAGUUUAAUUUUGAGGUGAAUGAGAUAUCUUGGAACAAAGAUUCAGAUACAUUUUAUUUGACCAAUGGACAAGGUUGCGUCCACAUCUUGAGCUACCCUGAAUUGGAGCUGCUUCAUGUCAUCAAAGCUCAUCCUGGAACUUGCAUCUGUAUUGAGUUUGACCCUACAGGUCGUUAUUUUGCUAUCGGAUCAGCAGAUGCUUUGGUGUCCCUCUGGGAUGCUGAUGAAUUAUGUUGUCUAAGGACUUUCUCCCGCCUGGACUGGCCUGUAAGGACCAUUUCUUUCUCUCAUGAUGGCCAACUUCUUGCUGCAGCAUCAGAGGACUUGGUGAUAGAUAUUGCUGAGGUGGAAACUGGGGAAAAGGUCUCCGAUAUUCCAGUAGAAGCAGCGACUUUCACAGUGGCUUGGCACCCGAAACAAUAUCUACUCGCAUAUGCGUGCGACGAUAAGGACAUUUAUGACCGAAAACGCGAUGCCGGAAGCUUGAAAGUCUAUGGCUUCCCAAAUGAAUAAUAAUAAUAAUAAUUGUUAUUA